CCAAUCACAUAUGAAAAUCUGUAACUAGAUAACGAGCACGGAUGUGUUAAACCAAGCCAGUCCAACAAAUACUGCAAUACAAUUCAUGAUUUACUUGUUCUUGUGCAAAAGUGGAAGCAACACGAGUCGAUCCGUUUUCUGGACAACCCUCCAUCUCGACCAAUCAUAGCGCUCGUUGUUGGUUGGUCGCCCUCUGUGUCAAGGUGGAACGACAUUUUGAGAAAACAACACUGGGGGAAGAAAGAAAAAACGAUGUCUUCUUUAGGAAGGGCAAUGAGUGUCCUUAGGGCCGGGGCGCAGCUUCUGACACGUGGACCUCAGAAAAUAGUAACCCGAAAAGCUGGUGGUGGACCACACAUAGAGGCCCAGUACAGGCAAUUCCCACAACUCACCAAGAGCCAGACGUUCCAAGCAGAGCUCCUCAGCAGUGCCAUGUGGUUCUGGAUCCUGUGGCACUGCUGGCAUGACCCAGAUGCAGUAAUGGGUCACUUCCCAUGGCCUGAUGCAUCCGCAUGGACAGAUGAGGAACUGGGGAUCCCAGCUGACAAUGAGGAAUGAGGGGCCCUCUACCCCCAGGUGUGCCUUUUGUCCUGUCUACAUCAGUCUUCUCCACCGCAGGAUCUGUGACGCAUCAAUAAGAAUGUCUGGUCCUCUGAUGAAAGAUUGUGUCCAUCACACAACGGAUAGUCAUAAAUUGUUGGUUUUAUACACAUUAGGAUGGGAAAUGGAAUGCUUAUUCAGUUAGUACAGUAAUGCAAUUGUGUAGGCGAUUGUUCAUGCACUAUAGCCCUUCUGUAUCAAGAUGUGUUAAUAUGCCCAUUUCAAUUAGGUUCCUUACUGUAGCAGUGGCAUGUUUUUUAAGCAUUGUUUGAAACCAUAGGUAUAAUUAUAUUUUAAUAGUACUUCUCUAUUUCUUGCAUUUCUAGACCUUGUGUGUGUGUGCCCAGUCUACCUGGAGGUUAAGGGUGUCCCGAGAGGCUUUGUUGUACAUAGACAAAUUAAAUUUAUUCAAAAACAUA